AUGGCAGUCAUGGCGUCACCUCAGUCAGAACGUCCCACCUCUGAUCAGAAGCCCGCCGAGUCUACAUCAGCCAAGGAGGACAACAAGCCCGAGACAAACGGUCACGCUUCGCCUGCCGAAAAGACUGAUAAUAAGCCCGCGAAGUCGCCCACUGUGAAUGGCGACGGAAAGCAUGAUGAACCCAAGGCAUCGGAUGAUGCGGAUCUGAGUCCUUCAAAGGGCGACACGGAGACCGACGCGCCCGCCAAGGAUGCUGACAAAUCUUCGGAGAAGACUGAAUCGGCAAAGCCAGACGAGCAAACCAAGGAGCCAAACAAGUCCCAGAGCCCUGCUCCUGCGGAGCCAUCCAAGGACGUCGACAUGACCGAUGCGCCGGAGGAUAAGUCGGAAAAGAAGUCUGAUGAGAAGGCGGACGACAAGGCAGGCGAGAAAUCUAUUGAAGAUACAGCCGAGGCAUCCGAACCCAAGAGCGCCACCGAGUCCAAGGAUAUCGAGAUGACCCAAAAUGAAGAUAAAGUCAGCGGGACUAAGGAGGGAGAGUCAUCGCCUGCUACACAGGCAAAGGCUGCAAAAGAGGUAGAACUGCAACCAGCAAGCUUGUCGCAAUUGGCCAUUGACAGUGACAAGGACAAGCCUUCGGAGCCUGCUGAUACCGAUGUGCCCAUGGCGGAGGCUCCGUCAACGGCAAGCAAGGUUUCUCGCGAAAGAGAAGACGACGUUGAUGUUGAGCCUGCGCCCAAGCGCGCCAAGACGGACUCUAACGACGAAAUUUCAGCCGUCGAUACCAUCGAGUCUACGGUGGAGGUGAAGCCACAAGGCGCGCUGGACGAUCUCGCAAAGGGCGAGGCGGCUCUCGAAGAUCUUCCCCUCUGGAACGACCCUGAGCGCGACCCCAAGCCCCUCACGUCUCAUCAAACACGAGAGUUCCGCAAGGUGUUAGCCGGCGUGAAGAAGACGAAGCACGGCGCACACUUCAAGGAUGCCGUCGUCAAGAUGUGGCCUAGUCUCGCAGAGAGCUAUGUCAUGCGCGUUAAUAACCCCAUGGACAUCGGCGAGCUCGAGCGCAACCUUCGCGACAACAAGUACAGUACCUUGCGAGGGUUCAAGGAUGACCUGGGCAAGAUCUACAAGAACUCAGUCAUUUUCAACGGCAUCAACAACGAGAUCACAUCCGCUGCGCUCAACGUGGUUAAGCUCGCUUGGACACGCGUUUGUGUCAUUCCUUCCGCCGAGCCCGCCAAGUCCAAGCCAGUACCCAAGCCCUCGCGCCACCCCGAGUCACGACCAUCCGCCCCUCCGCCCCCGGUCCGCAGACAGCCUAGCAUCCCGGCUGCGAGCCCUCCUGCCAAAGCCGAAGCCGAGGCUUACGCCGUUCCUCCCGGAGGUGUGCCGCAGGUUCGCCGCGCCUCGACACAGAACGAUUUGGACCGGCCCAAGCGUGCCAUUCAGCCCACCAAAAACCGUGACCCAGACUACUCGGCCAAGAACUUCAACAAGAAGAAACUGCCGAUUGAACUUCAGUUUGCCUACGAGGUUUUGAACGAGUUGAUGGACGCCAAGAACGCCCACUGCAACUUCGCAUUCCUCGCCCCAGUCGAUCCAGUGGCGCUCGCAAUUCCAACUUAUUUCACCAUCAUCAAGCGACCCAUGGACCUGGGUACGAUUAUGACCAAAAUCAAGAGCUAUGAUUACCAGAGCAUCAAGGACUUCCAGACAGACAUUAAACUUGUUUUCAAAAACUGUUACAAGUUUAACCAGCCUGGUCAGCCGGUCUACGAGCAAGGGCAACAACUUGAGCUCAUUUUUAGAAACUUGUGGUCAAAGAAAGACCAGUGGAUCGCCAAGCACACUCCGGCAAAGCCGAUCUCUGACGGCUCGAGCCGUGAAAGCGAAGACGAAGCUGAGGAGGAAGAGGAGGAGGCGCCUGCCACCACAGUUGACGAUGCCACGAACAAGACGAUCCAGAUGCUCGAAAAACGACUGGAGGAGGAGACAAAAAACCUUGCUCAGCUUUACAAGACAGCGGACAUCGCCGGUGACACCAUGAUUGACCUCCAGCAAUCCCUGAUCAGCACUAUUCGGUCCCGUAUCUUGCAGGAGAAGCAGAACCUCGUGGCUCAAAAGCCAGCCAAGGCAGCGAAGGCCAAGCCGCCAAAGCCGACCAAGCAAAAGGCUAGCGGCGCUCCUAGCAAAAAGGCGGCUGCGGCCCCUGGGCCGAAGAAGGUUGGGGGCGGUGCGUCCAAGAAGCCGAAGCAGCGUAACAUGACACAGCCCGAAAAGGACGCCAUCGCCAAUGCUAUCAACGAUCUCGAGAGUCCUCAUAUCGAACGCGCUAUCGACAUCAUCAAGAAGGAUACUGGUCAAUCGGAAAACAGCAGCGGAGAACUCGAGCUCGAGAUCGACCAACUUACCAACGAGGCCCUCCACAAGCUUUGGGACCUUUGCAAGAAAGCUUUGCCUACCUUUGCUAACGGCCUUCCGAGUGCGCCUGCUCGCGAACCAUCUCCCGUGAACAGCGCUCCCGCCAAGUCGUCUGGCAAGCCCACCAAGCCCAAAAAGAACAAGCCCAUGAACGCUCAAGAACAAGAAGCUCGCAUCGCCGAGCUUGAGAGGCUUCGCAAUAUGUACGAUGGUAAUCCCAAGGGUGAUCAAGAGCGCCCUGGCAGCUCCGGUCGCACAAAUGAAGCCCCUGUUCAUGAUAAUGACAGCGAGUCCUCCGAUGACUCGGAAGAGGAGUAA